AUGAACAGUAUCUUCUCCAUUGACGAUUUCUCCGAUCCCUUUUGGGAAGCUCCUCCGUCUCUUACUCCGGACUCGACGAAGGUUGUUACGGCGGAGGAAGGUAGCCAGAGUCAACCGGAAUGGACUUUCGAGAUGUUUUUAGAGGAGUUUUCUUCGUCUGUGAGCUCGGAGCCAGUGGGUAACAACAACGCGAUCGUCGGAGUUUCGUCGGCCCAAUCACUUCCUUCUGUUUCGGGUCAGAAUGAUUUCGAAGACGACAGUCGAUUUCGCCGAGACCGCGAUUCGGGAAAUUGGGAUUGUUCUGCUCCGGUUCAGUCAUCGACGGUGAUUGUUGAUUCCGAUGAUUACCGUCGUGUUCUUAAGAAUAAGCUUGAGACUGAGUGUGCUACUGUUGUUGCUCUUAGGGCUAAGUCUGUGAAGCCUGAAGAUUCGAGUAGUUCUCUUGAAACCCAAUUUCAACCAACUCAAUCUAGUCCUCUUGCUCAAGGGGAAUUUGGUGUUUCUUCUUCAUUACCGGCUGAGGUGAAAAAAACUGGUGUACCAAUGAAGCAGGUUAACAGCGGAUCAUCAAGAGAAGAUUCUGAUGACGAUGACCUUGAUGAAGAGAAUGAAACUACUGGUUCCUUGAAUCCAGAGGACGCAAAAAAAUCUAGAAGAAUGCUGUCAAAUCGAGAGUCAGCUAGGAGGUCUAGAAGGAGAAAACAGGAGCAAACAAGUGAUCUCGAAACACAGGUUAAUGAGCUAAAAGGUGAACAUUCAUCACUUCUGAAGCAACUUAGCAGCAUGAAUCAUAAGUAUGAUGAAGCUGCUGUUGGCAAUAGGAUACUAAAAGCUGACAUUGAGACAUUAAGAGCUAAGGUGAAAAUGGCGGAAGAAACCGUGAAGAGAGUAACAGGAAUGAACCCGCUGCUUCUCGGGAGAUCAAAUGGACAUAACAAUAGCAACAGAAUGCCGUUAACUGGUCACAACAGGAUGGAUUCUUCUUGCAUUCCAGCUUUUCAACCACAAUCAAACCUAAACCAUUUGCCAAAUCCCAACAUCGGGAUUCCAACCAUUCUACCUUCAAGACUCGAAAACAGUUUCGUUCCUCCUCCAUCCUUAAACUCUCAAACUAACUCGCAGUUGCAGAGAAUAAGAAAUGGGCAAAAUCACCAUGUUGCUCCAAGCGGUAACCCGUAUGGCUGGACUGCUGAACUACAGAACGAUUCAGCAUGGCCGAAAAAAUGCGUGGACUGA